AGUUGCGCUUAGACUCUAACACAAUCGGUUGAGUGUAACAUGGGCACAGCGUUAAUAGUGGUUGUCUUCGCAUUCCUAAUUCCAUUCGGUGUAAAAUGUGGAGAGAAACCGCCCAAAGUGAUUUCGAACUGUUACGUUCGAUAUUUCAAUAACAUCCGUUGCACUGGCGAUUUCAAUGUGAGUCACAUUUUAUUCGAACAACGGCAGCUGCGCGAUCGGAAUGACGAUACCUAUUGGCAUCGAACGUUUCGCAGUCUGGAAAUAUUCGAUUCGAACAUCGAGGAGAUCGGCGAUCAAUUUUUCGAAUUCCACGGCUUCAAAUUCGAAACGAUUCUCAUCGAAAAUGCGCCAAAGUUGACGACCAUAUCGCCGAAAGCACUGAUUGAACUGAAGGAUGACCUGACGGAUUUUCGGGCCAUCAACACUGGCCUGCCGCAGUACAACGAUUUCGGCAACGAUCCGCACAAGAUGCAGAAUCCAUUUGAUGGAUUUACAGAACUGCACGAAGUGUACAUAGGCCGGCAGAGUCAUUGUCCCUCCGAUGAGAACUUAUUGUUUCCUUGUACGUGUGAAUUUGGUGAAUUACCACGUACAAUCCCAUCAAAAUUGUACGGUUGGAGCUCUGGCACAUCGAAUACGUUCGGUAAUACUACGCAAGUCACUUGUAACACAGACGGACUGGCGGGCGAGCAGCUCAAACAACUAUUUGUAAAUCUUUCGCGCAGUGAUCACGAACCAAAACAUUUUGACGUUCUUACAAUACAAGGAGUGAUGAGUUUGACUGACAUACCAAUGGAUGUAUUCUCCAACGUGUCGAUAACUGCUAUUUGGAUGAAUGACGUGUCCAAUUUGAAAUCGAUCCAUCCGAAAGCAUUUGCUAGUGCAACCAGCGACCAUACUGCAAGAUCGAUUCAGGUACUGGAUAUAAAUACAGCAAACUUUACAGCCGCCACGACGAGUGAAGUGGAGGCUUUAUUCCAAGCUUUUUCGUCACUGACGAACAUCCGAGUACUUCGACUCAGUGAGUGCGGAAUUCCUUAUAUUCCGUCCCAUGCAUUUGUCCCGGAAGACCACCAAAAACUACUGAACAACUUACGUUAUCUUUCUCUUUCAUUCGACCGGAGACGUUACAAAAGUGGCAUAAAGUCCGUCGGUAGUUACGCAUUUUCAGGCGCACCAAAACUGGUGGAGCUGGGAAUCUCAAAAAAUUUCAUCGAAAAAUUCGAUUCAUUUGCCUUCGCCUUCAACGAAACGUCGACCAAACCGUUGACCACACACAUCGGAGGAAAUCCAUUUAACGAUACGUACGGAUUGAAGGAGAACGCAUUUUCCGGUUCCCAGCGGCCCGUUCACAUCAAAUUCGAAAUCGAUAGCUUUGCGGCAUCGGACCCAGCCAAUGCUCCGUCUAUCGAUUUUAUGCCAGAAAAUGUAUUCCGGCCGUUCAUCGAGGAGAAUCCGGAGAAUUACUUUGAAGUUGACUAUUUCAAUCUGGACGUGUGGUGUGACUGCAAAAGCAGAUGGAUGUUUGACGACAUUGGCCGCUUGAAACGAAGCGUACAAAAUGGAUUGCGCAUCAAACGGGUCAUGAAUAACGUAAUCGAAAGUGAUCCACAGUCUGUGCAAUGCAAAGUCAACAGUUCGUUCGAGUGUUUGCCGAAUUGUCUAUCAUUCCGCUCGGCUGGAUUGAUUCACUGUGGUGGCAAUAAGGAGUUUGAUGUCAGAGCAACUUUUCUUCGGUUGAGCGAAUCUAGUGGAACGGAAGGAUUUAGUAGGCUGCUGUUUUCGUCGAAGGAAAUCGAAGAGCUUCCGAUGGACUCAUUUGGUAGCUUUGAGUUUGAUAUCGUUGACCUGACAGGCUGUAGGAACUUAUCAUCAAUCCAUCCGAAUGCAUUUGGAGCGUCAACUGCCACAAUCAAACAAUUUUCAGCGAAAAACACAAAUCUGACGUACUACCCAAACUUCGCAUCAUUUCCGAAUCUGCAAACAAUUCAACUGGACGACUACCACACUUUCCGCCUAAACAGCUCGAAUUUCGAUUUCUCCGCGUCAACCGUUCAUCCGGACGAAAUAAACGUUUUCGUCGGCAAUGACGGAAUUAUCGAGCCGAACACUUUUACCGCAUUGAACAACGCGACGGCUGUGAAUUUGCACAUCGGCGAACGGGAAAAUUGCGAGACGAUAGGCUGCCUGCUGAAGUGUAAACCGAUUACCUAUUUGCUGGACAAGCAAACUGUAACGAAUUUCCUGGAUGCCAAUCCGAAAAAUAAAAUUCAAACAAAUUGCUACUUCGAAUGCUCGUGCGAUCUAAAGUGGAUGUACGAGAGCUGGAACGAUGUAGAGUCUCGUGUUGGUGUCUGGAUACAAGAAUAUUUCGGUAGUAGAUUCUAUUGUGUGCCGAAAGGUGUAAGUCUGGAAACGGAAGACAAUUUCUUCGGGAUUGAUGUGACGAAUUUUGAUUUUGGCGACUAUUUCAAACAAAACUGUUGAACCUAACAGUCCACAAUAAAGAGCUGAGAACAUUA